AUGAAGUGCUUGACGUUGUGCAGCUUUACGCUCGCUAGCAGAUAUCUAGUGCUGCUGCGCCUGGGACCAGUGCUUCCGAGCGCCCUCAUCGGCCACCCGUCGAACCAGAGAAUCGCGCGACUGCGGUUGCCAAUUCGCUUUGUUGCACCGCGUCGACGGCGGCGGCGGUGGCGGAAGCAGCCCGUUCGACUACUGCGCGGGCGGAAGCAGCCACAGCGCCACCUAGCGACGGCCGUUGGUACUGACGCACGCCGCGACCGCGCCGCCGCUGCUGCUUAGGACGUCGUUGAGCCGACAGAUGGCGUGCUGCAGCUUGUGCGGAGAUGGAGAAUGCGU